UCUGUCAACGUUCGGUUGUGCCAAGCACGCGUUGCGAGCAGUCUAGAUAUAGGACACUACAUUGUAAAGGAUAUGUAACUCGGGGAGCACAUAAGAUGUGUCUACAAAUGUCCAUCGCCGUGACCAUAUGUUUCCUCAUGUUAAUACACCCAGUCCAUAGCGCUUAUGAAGAUUACCCUAACUAUGAAUAUCAAAACAUAUUCACAUACGGUGAUCUGAAAGUCUACCUAACAGACUUCGAGACGCGUGUCAAGGACAAAAUUGACGCCGAUCUAGACACUAUAGAGUAUAGGGUGAACGAACAGUUGAACACAGAGUCGAGACAAAUGGAACAGAGGCUGAAGAAGGACAUGCGCACCCGUCUUGAUUCGUGGAUGACCUCGUCACUUGAAGAGAGGGUCAAUGACCUCAUACAAUCUGGCUCACUCGGUAAAUACAUUGAUAACGCCAUCGUUGAGAAGGUGAACCGGCUCGAGCGGGGAUUAACCUUGCUUGAAGGUCACGUUAAAGGAAACAUAAUCGAGAUUAGCAAAUUCAGGGGGAGAUUACUCGCAACCGAUAAUAAGGUGCGACGAGUGUUGAGGGGAUCAUCGGUUUCCAGAAACAACGGCGGAGAUUUGGAAAGGAUGAGAGCGGAGAUGAGAAGGAUGAGGACGAUCGUCAAUAGGACUAGUACUGACACGGAGGACAUCAAAUCUGCGCUGUCCAUCUUGAGUUUUAAUAUGAGCAAAGCCUCUGCUAAUGUUACAGCGAAUCGGGAGAGUCUGAACUGGUUGAAGCUAGAGUGGCAUAUCCUCAAAACAAGCGUGGAUGGAGCACAGACGGGGGUGAGGAAACUACGCUCUCAAGUGGCAAACGUAAGUCGCGUGAAUGACGUGACUGUUGGGAACGUGACGGCACAUCGGCAGCUGAUACAGAAAAUGGAUUCGGAGAUUAUGGCACUCAAGGAAAACAGCAACUCUAGUUCCGGUGAGGGGAAGGAUGCUUUGGAUCUGUCCACCGCCAUUCUUAAUUCCACAGGAAUAGUGUUAGAUGUCACAGCAAAUUCAAAGAACAUCGACUCCCUAAAGUCCGACUUGACCAGAAUGGUGUCUGAUGUCAAAUCUAUGAAAGCUGGCAUGGGCAAUAUCCUCACCAUCUUCAAUGAAACCGGCACGGGACUCCAUAAAGACAUCCGGGGACUCAGAUCAGAGCUGAACGAGGUGAGAUGGAGCACACGUGGAGCGGCUGUGGAGGCCAGAACGCUACAGUCGCAGAUGGAAGGUCUUCAGACCAAUCUCAAUCAGGCCACAGUUGACCUGCAAUCCAACACCCAGCAGAUGGCGGCCAUGAAGUUUGACAUGACAGAAAAAAUGGCCAGUGUUGAGGGAGACGUGAACUCCGUGAAGUCAGUACUGUCGUCAUUCUCCCUCAGUGUGGACAAGGCAGGCGCAGACGUCAGGGCAAUACAAGCAGACGUGGGGAUACUGCAUGACCACGUGGAGGACAUGAAGACCGCCACGAACAGGACAACCUCAAAUAUAAACUCACAACUUUCGUCACUGCGUCAAAUUGUUAACAAAACUGCUCUGAAUGACGAGUCACUGUGGCAUACUCUAAACCAGAGCGUCUCAGACGCCUCUGAGCUGAGAACAGACCUGUUAAGAGUGCAACAGAGUAUGCACGGAACAACGUCAAACAUCAGUGACGUAAUGUCACAGCUAUCGACACUUCGUAAGGAUGUAAACCGAACAGAUUCGAAAACUGAAGAUUUCAGGUCGGAAUUAUCAACUCUUCGUCAGGAUGUCACUAGAACAGUCUUUGACACAGAAAACUUCAGAUCAGAACUAAGAACAAUUCGUCAGGAUGUUGACACAACCGACACGAACAGUAAGAACUUCCGGUCAAAAUUAUCAAAGCUUCGAGAGACUGUUUACAAAACUGUCUCAAACAAUAAGGAUUUCAGGACAGAAUUAUCGUCCCUUAGCCAUACUGUUAACACAACUCUCUCAAACAAUAAGGAUUUCAGGUCAGAAUUAGCAUCUCUUAGCCAGACUGUUAACAAAACUGUCUCAAACAAUAAGGAUUUCAGGUCAGAAUUAGCAUCUCUUAGCCAGACUGUUUACAAAACUGUAUCAAACAAUAAGAAUGUCAGGUCAGAAUUAUCGUCCCUCAGCCAGGCUGUUAACACAACUCUCUCAAACAAUAAGGAUUUCAGGUCAGAAUUAACAUCUCUUAGCCAGACUGUCAAUAAAACUGUCUCAAACAAUAAGGAUUUCAGAUCAGAAUUAAAAUCUCUUCGACAAACAGUUAAGAAAUCUGUCUCAAACAAUAAGGAUUUCAGGUCAGAAUUAGCAUCUCUUAGCCAGACUGUUAACAAAACUGUCUCAAACAAUAAGAAUUUCAGGUCAGAAUUAUCGUCCCUCGGCCAGACUGUUAACACAACUCUCUCAAACAACAAGGAUUUCAGGUCAGAAUUAAAAUCUCUUCGACAAACAGUUAAGAAAUCUGUCUCAAACAAUAAGGAUUUCAGGUCAGAAUUAUCAGCUCUUAGCCAGACUAUUAACAAAACUGUCUCAAACAAUAAGGAUUUCAGGUCAGAAUUAUCAUCUCUUAGCCAGACUGUUAACAACACUGUCUCAAACAAUAAGCAUUUCAGGUCAGAAUUAUCAGCUCUUCGCGAUAUUGUAAAUAGAUCAGUCACAGACACUGGAUUUGUCCGGGCAGAUCUAGCAACGCUUGGUCAGACAGUGAAUGAGACAGUUUGGAAAACUGAUGACUUGAGGUCAGAUGUAGCAUCUCUUCGUCAAAAAUUUGAACUGAGAGGCUCCUCCAUCAUGCACAACCGCCAGAGCCUCCACAGUCUGCACAGCGACCUCAUCACGGUACGAACACAAGUGAACAGGACUAAGCUCAACGUUGGCGAUUUGCAAACAGACGUCACUGAUCUACGUGUGUCACUCAAAACAGCAGCCUCGGAUUUGCGAGCAGACAGAGUCAGUAUUCAAAGUCUCCUGACAGACGUUAGUAUGUUAAGGACAGACGUUAAGAAGACCAGUUCGGAUACUGAACACCUUAGGUCGGAUUUUUCAACGCUUCGUGUGACUUUUAAUAGAACGGAUUCAACAGUCGCAGAGAACAAAGAAAACAUACAGCUUCUUCAACGCGAUGCUGCACUGAUGCAGACGAGACUGAACAUGUCAAUUCUGAAUAGGGAAGAAGUGAUGACCGACUUGUCCACCUUGCGAUUAACGGUUAACAACACAGAUGCUGAAUUACAAACUUUCAAGGAGUACGUUCAGACAAGAUUUAAUAGGCUUGGAAGAAGAACUGAUGGAUUGGGCAACAAGUUUACCUCUCUCAGUAUACGCGUCAAUACGUCGGACACCAGCAUACAGGCAAACACCAAGGCCAUACACAUGUUAAGAUCUGCAUUGUCAGUGAGUGAGGAAAGGGUCAACCAAACUGUUAUGGGUAAUCUAGAGUUGAGAUCAGACCUUACACAGGUCAACCACACGCUGAUCUGGGCACAGGCAAGUUUGGAGGGAGAAUUAGAGAAAAGGUUGAAAGACGUAACUGAAGAAAUUGUGUCCUUCAAAUCUGAUCUGCGGAAUAACACAGCCAUCAGCUCCGAGGAGUUAGCCUUCGAGUUGUCCUCUCUCCGUCACAGCAUCAACAGGACAGCUUCAUCUGUGGCCGGUAACGCUGGCGGCAUCCGUCAGAUGGAAUCCAAGCUUCUGAGGAUGGAGAGAAGCAUCAGUGAUGCCGCUCGGGGUACUACAGACGUACAGCAGGAAUUGUUUCAACUCAAAUCAGAUGCCAAUAGAUCCAUAUCUCUGUUUAAAACCUUCGAGACUGACAUUGUCAACGUACAAACACACGUAACGCGUGUUAUGUCAAAUGUUAGUGUUAUUAACAGAAACAGUGAAGACUUUGGAGUGGAGUUAUCAGCAAUUCGCGUGGGGCUGAAUACCACAGAGGCAGAUGUGCGGACUGCCAAGGACGAUUUGACGCUUCUAAGUGGGGAGGUACUUGCGCUGAGGACAAAGUUACGUAGAACGAGACUGGACGCUGAAGAGACCAGGUCAGAUGUCUCGGUCUUACAACAGAAAUUUAAUAGCACCCAUGAUGAAUUCACGGCGAGCAGGGAAGAUGUAGCCGAUCUCAAGUCACAGCUGGUUCGUGUUGAUGGCCAUGUUAACACAACUCUGCUGUAUAGUGAGGAAAUGAAAUCAGAGGUAUCAGAUAUACGCUCACGACUUGCUCGUGUGGAUUCAGAUAUUGAAAUACACACCCAGGACAUCCACACUGCCAAAGUAAAUAUUUCAACACUGUUUUCAAGUCUGAACACUUCACGUUCAACUUCAGCGUCGAACGAAGCGGACAUAAAAUCUCUGCAAUCCGCGGUGUCAGAUACAAGAACAGACAUCGAAUCUGUAGCGACUCAAGUGUCAACUAUUUUCAACCAUCUAAAUCAAUCCGAUUCAAGUGUCAGAGAAAACUCCGAAAGUAUUCAAAGUUUGCUGUCAGACCAGGUCGUUGUGCGAAGGGGAAUCCAGGGAAUGCUGAAAGACGCGGAAGUAAUCAAGUCAGACCUUGCACAGAUUCGCCACAGCACGAACACCACCAGCGAGUCUGUGAAGCGGAACAAGGGAUCUGUGCGUGAUCUGGUCGCUGAGGUGGUGGCGAUGGGGACUCUACUGAAUGCAACAAGCGAUGGUACUUGGGUCAUCAAGACAGAGGUCUCGGACUUAAAAACCAGGAUGAAUAUAAGUGAAGUUUUGCUAAACAAAACCUUCACCGCAGGUGCAGCUACGAGGGAGGACGUGCAGGGUGUGGUCGCGGCGGUGAAGACGAUGGGGGAGAGGGUCGACAGCGGGGAGGACGCUGCCCGUCAUGUGAAAUCACGGGUUUCAAAUCUCCAGCAAAGAGUGAAGAAGAACGCUGCAGACAUCGCUGUAAACGCGCGGGAACUCACGUCCAUGAAGUCGAAUGUGGAAGGCGUUACCCUGCUUCUUAACGAUACCAGUAGGAACACCAAGAAGAACACUGAGGACAUUGAAGCGAUAAACUCUAAUAUACACCGACUACGAACACGUCUCUACGACACAAUAUCAGACGCUGGAAAAAUAGAUACAGAAGUGCUAGCUCUGACUGAAAGGCUAAACCGAACUGAUAUAUCAGUUCAAGACAACAGGGAGGAACUUGGGUACGUUAAAUCAGGACUUCGCGGUCAAGGAGCAGACAUCAACAGGACGUUAGAGACAGGUAGAACAUUGAACACGCAGCUGAGUGACGUCACGGCGAGAUUUAACGAGACAGCGCGGGAGGUCCAGACAAACAUAUACGACAUCAAACGAAUUGAUUCAGAGGUCAAGGUGAUGAGGGCAGUUGUGGACAAGUCUUCAGUGGAUGUGGAGGAGCUGGUAGCAGAGCUGAGAAGCACCCAGUCGAGUGUGAGGGAGACUGCUUCAGAGAUUGACUCCAAUACAAAGAGAAUAAACUCCGUUAAGUCCGAGUUUACAGGAAAAUGGAAGAGUCUCACAAAGGGUGUAAACACCCUUCAACUGCAAUUGUCCAAUCUCCAUAUGAAAGCAAACAUCACUGAUCAAAUGGUCAAGGACAACGCCAAUAACAUUAAUAGUUUGACAGACGGUCUGGACGAGGCGAGGACCAACUUGACCCAAACAGCAAUGGAUGCCGAGAGAGUCCAGUCAGAGUUGUCUACCCUUCGCCGGAAGUUGAACGCGACUAGUACCGACCUGGAGGCUACCACGCAGCUUGCUCUGUCUGUUAGAGCUGAUAUGAACAACCAAUGGCAUAAUAUGACGAAGGACAUCACGUCAGUUAAAGAUGACGUGGCCACGACGUUACUGAAGAUCAACAGUACGGCGUCUGACGUUGAGUUCAACCUUGCCCGGCUACAUGCGCAGUUCGGGCUGAUCAAGGAGGACACAGACAGGGCGACCAAGGACACGCAGGCAUUUCGAUUCGAACUGGACGCUAUUCGAGAAGCCGCCGAGAAGACGUCUUCAGAUGUGAAAACAAACUACAAGGCUAUUGGGUCUGCGCAAUCGAAGCUUGCAAACCUUCACCGCAACAUCAGUUCUAUCACACCUACUGUGUUAAAAACGUCUCGCAUUCUUAGCAAUGUCAGAUCGAGGUAUACAAAACGCUGGACGGCCAUGUCGAAGAACAUCGGUACUGUCCAAUCAGAACUGGCGGGUCUGCACGUCGCUGUCAACAAAACUGAAGCAAUGAUUAGAGUCAAGUCCAGAGAAAUCAGCUCUCUGCAAACAGAUGUCAUGGUCAUUGAAUCCAACGUGAAUAAGUCAGCUUCUACCUUUAAGAACAUUCACUCUGACUUGUCAAAUAUUCAAGGUCGUAUCAACACCACUGACCUUGACCUACAAACGACCUCUUUGGAAAUUCUGCAUAUGACCUCCAACAUGUCGGUCAUGGCCUUGAACCUGACGUCUGUGGCGUCAAAUGUCAGCACCAACGCUCAUGAAAUAAGAUCAUUAGCAGAAACUAUACCUCCCCCCAAACCGGAUGUGAAGUUUCAAGUUCGAAAUUCACGUUAUGAGCUCCCAUCGUUCGGACAAGCAAGCAGCACCACGCUCAAGUUCGACACAGUGUCCUACAACACUGGGAACGGCUACGACAGCAAUACGGGGCGAUUCACAGCGCCCGUAGCAGGGACGUACCUGUUCUGGGCUAACGUCAUGAAGUAUGGCGAGGAGUCUCGUUUUGAUCUACAUCUCCACAAGCGCGGACCAAUCAUUGCAGGAGCGAUAGCCUUCACGUCGGAGAACCAUUGGUAUGACACUGCCGUUAUUAACUCUGUGACGGAGCUCAAGGCUGGAGAAGAAAUCUGGUUUGCUAUACGCAGUACAACUGCAGAUGCAAUUCAUGUAUUACUGAAUUCCGGCUACGGUGGGGUGUUGUUGUUGCCAAGUUAAGGGGACACUACUCUCGGGUUAAGUGGCAGGCCCAGGGUUUUUUUCUGAUGUACAUACUGAUUAUCUAGACCUAGCGCCAACAUUUACAUUAUGUCGUGGAGGAUAGUCCCUUUAAGAUGAAGACAAGCAGUACUGGUAACCUAACAGUUGAACUUCAUAUUAAAUUUAAAAAUGAGCGAUGUUUUAUUAAGAUUUUAAGCCAUUACACACUGAUUGGAAGGUUCGUAUUCAAAUGCUGCCUUUUAAAAGGAGAAAAUUGGAAAAACAAUAUUUGUGUAGAAAAAACUAUUCAAUCGCAAGUGUUAUCAAAGGAUGUUCUUUAAAUAUUUUGUAAAUAUAUGUUAUUGUCAUGACUUCAUAUUAAUGAACGUAGUGAAGAAAUUCCAGAGGUCACCCCGAGGAAAAGUGUAUAUCAGACGUAUGACGUUUAUUUUUGCAUCAAUUUUGAAAAAUAAAAUAUUAUUCAAAAC